AUGCAGUACAGGAACCUGGGGAGGACUGGCUUGAAGGUCAGCGUGCUAAGCUUUGGAGCAUGGGUGACGUUCGGCGAAGCAGCUGAUGUUGAAGUGCUACGAAGGCGGAGUCAACUUGUGAGUGCAAGGGCACCCCUGUGUAGUGACAAGGGGGAGAGAGCUUAUGGCAUGUGCUAUGUGCUGGGGAUUUUGGUUGUGUGCAUCAACGAGUUGUUGAAUCUUGGAAGGCUCAGUGCUGCCCGUUUGGCUCAUGGAGUUGCCGUCUGCAAGUUGACGAUGUUUUUGUUGUCAAGCUUUGACAAUGCAGAAGUGUAUGCUGGCGGCCUUGCAGAGACAGUGAUGGGACAGGCUAUAAAGGAGCUGGGCUGGAAGAGAUCCGACCUUGUCAUCAGCACCAAGAUCUUUUGGGGAGGUUCUGGUGUAAAUGACAAGGGCCUGUCAAGGAAACAUCUGAUAGAAGGGCUGCAGGUAUUGGGAAAGCACAGUUUGGGAUCCUGCUUCUCUGUCGGAGCCAUUGUGGGAUCUGAGAAGGUGACUUUUGGUGUGGAGCAGUCAGCCUCUCUAAAACGGCUCCAGAUGGACUAUGUUGAUGUUCUCUUCUGCCAUCGCCCUGAUGAUUCCACGCCCAUCGAGGAGACGGUACGGGCGAUGAACUACCUGCUAGAGCAAGGAAAGAUUUUCUACUGGGGAACAUCGGAGUGGUCUGCAGCACAAAUCACACAGGCCUGCGAGAUAGCAAAACGCCUUCACCUGGUGCCGCCCAUUGUCGAGCAGCCAGAGUACCACAUGUUUGAACGCACCAAGGUCGAGGUUGAAUUUGCGCCCCUGUAUGAAGAACAGGGGAUUGGCCUGACGACCUGGAGCCCGCUUGCGUCUGGGGUGCUGACUGGAAAAUACAGUGAGGGGAAGAUUCCGGAAGGGAGCAGGCUGGCUCUGGACCAGUUCAAGAUUGAGGACAAUCUGAAGGCCAUGGAAGUCCUUCCGAAGCUGACCCCGGAAGUCAUGGAGAAAAUCGAGUCCAUCAUCCAAUCCAAGCCUUGA